CACAAUUCAUAGCCGUUCCAGGUAACAGCAACAAAUAUGUCCAAGACCAAGACCAAGCGCGCUCGUCGCGAGCUCAAACGCGACGGAGACCGCAAAAUCAUGGCGCACCACCGAAAAGUUGCAAAAGCCGCAGAAACCAAGGCCAAAUCCACGCCUGGAACAUCCAAGCCCAGUACGGCCAACAAACAAAAGACACAGCAAUCUUCAGACGCAAAGGCGCAAACAGCAGCCCCGAAGCCGCCUGUCCAAGCAUCCCAGAAACAUGCCGUACCCUUCAGCGCAUAUGCGCAAACCCUGCUCGUCGGCGAAGGAGAUUUCAGCUUCACACGUUCGCUAGCGUUGGAGCACGGCUGCGCAAACGUCACGGCUACAAGCUACGAUUCGGAAGACGAGGUGCGGGAGAAAUACCCUACAUUUGAAGAAAUACACAAGGAGUUGAGCGAGCUUACGCCGCCUGUUCCCCUGCAUUAUUCUGUCGACGCUGCGAAAUUGUCGGCGUACAAGCAUCUGCGGUGUGUGCGGGACGAAGAAGAGGAUAUAGACGAUGCUGAAGAGACGCUUGAUGAUAAUGAGGAUGACAAUGGUGCAGCAGCAACAGGUGGGCCAGGCUGGGAUACAGUGUGCUUCAUGUUUCCACACACCGGGGGUUUAAGUACAGAUGUGAACAGGCAGGUUCGCGCGAACCAAGCCCUACUCGUCUCCUUCUUCAAAUCGUGUCUUGACACUCCCACGCCAGCAAAGCGCCUUCGCAUCCUACAAUCUCAGAAUAAUAAAGUCACACCGAAGGGGAGGCCGUUCCUGCGCAUGGGCGGCCGUAUCAUCGUCACGCUCUUCGAGGGCGAGCCGUAUACGCUUUGGAAUAUCCGCGAUCUUGCGCGCCAUGCUGGACUCAAGGUCGUGGAGAGCUGGAAGUUUGAUUGGACACAAUAUCCUGGGUACCACCAUGUCAGGACGCUGGGCGCCAUGGAGAGUGGAUGGAAGGGUGAAGAUAGGGACGCUCGCAUGUAUGUGUUCGAAAAGAUACCGCUAGUAGCCGAUAGCGACGAGGAGAAGGAGAUGCAAAAGCAGGCCCGGAACAGUAGGGGCGGCCCCUUGCCCUCGCAGAAGAAGGGGUGGGCGGCCAAGCUGGCGAGAGGAGAGAACGGCAGUGAUGAGGACUGA